AUGCUGCGUGCGUCUCAGUCGUCGCUUCGAUCACCGCUCUUUAUCCGCCCGCGUCGCUUCAAUACUGUUUUGGUUAAAGCUCUAGCAACAUCAGAAUAUACAACACCUUUUGAGAUUGAUACAAUUCAUCUUUUGCAAGACGAAAUGAACGUAACACGUCACAACUUUGCCAAGUGUCUACAUGACGUGCAAAAAGACUUGAAACUCCCGACCUGUCGCUUUAUUGCGAUUGAUACUGAAUUUACUGGUCUAUCACCGAAUGAAAUGGAACGUGAGCAGUAUUUAGAUACACUCGAGGAGCGUUAUCGAAAGGUUAAACGUGCAGGUGAGAGUUUUCUCAUUACGCAAUUUGGUUUGUCCAUUGUGCACUUGAAUCAGAAGAAUGAGUUUCAGAUCAAGACGUGGAAUUUUUACAUCUUUCCACGACCUUAUGGGUCCUUAGAUGAGCGUUUUCUAUGUCAAGCUUCAAGUCUUCAGUUCUUGUCAGAACAUGGAUUUGAUUUCAACAAAUUCAUUGGAGACGGUAUUGCAUUUGUCAAUUUAUCAAAAGCUGAAAGGAUGGAGAAGCAUUUGAAACGUCGUAUAGAUGGAUUGACUAAGAUAAAUAAGAAUUUACAGCUUUCGGACGAUGGAGUGAGUUUCCAAAAGGAAGUCAAGGAGCAGUUGAAUCAGUGGAUUGCUGGAGGAGCCAAGAAAGGAGAGAAGCUAGUUGUACCGACGAGAAAUUCAUUCUACUCCAUGAUUGUGCAUGAGACUGCACGUGCUAGAGCAAGUUAUUUGUAUUCAGAAGGUACCGAAGGAGGUGUGCAAGUGUCGUACGUGUCCAGGAAGGUUAAGGAUGAACUGAUUGCUGCAAAGAUCAAGGAAAUGCAACGUGAGAUGGAUGAUGCAAUUGGCUUUUCCAGGGUUAUUAAAGCUCUGAGUGAAACCAAGCUGCCUGUUGUUGGACAUAAUGCAUUGUUGGAUUUCGUCUAUGUCUUCCAUCAGUUUUAUAAACCGCUUCCCGAGACGUUGGCUGAGUUCAAAUCGCAGCUACUAGAACUAUUUCCGACCAUCUACGAUACCAAGCAUGUUGCGCUGCGCUCUCCUCUUGGCGAAAAGUUAAUAUCGACGAGUUUGUCGUCGUUGUUCGAGUACAUGCGUGAAAACGUUAAGCCUGAGCCCAAAAAUUUGAUUCCUAGUGACAAGCGUUUCGACACGUACCGUGAGGCACUCAAGGCUGAGGCUGAUGACAGUGGAAGCUUAUUGUGCCAUGAAGCUGGAUUUGACGCGUUUAUGACUGCUGUAUGCUUCUUGGGUUUACUCGUUCACGACGCCAAUGGUGAGAUAAUUGAUGAGUUGGUACCCAAAGAUGGUAGUUCUGCUCGCCUAAAAUUGCGAAUGGAGGAAUUGGAGCAGUACAAGAACCAGCUGAAUUUGAUGAUCUCGGACGAGUGCUUCUUGGAUCUGGGCAACGUCUCGCAGACGAUCGACCGCGCUCGUGUGUAUCGAGUGUCUAGCACCACAAAGCGCCGGAUUCAGCACGUGCGCAUGGAGAACGUGUUUAAGUCGUCGAAAGUCCAACGCAUUGUGCGUGAGAGCGACCAGGACGCGUUUGUGAUUCUGACAGAGCCAGUGGAGGCGGUAGAUGAUGAAACAAAGGCCGAGUUUGGUGUGGAGAUCAUCUCGUACGAUGAGCAUGUGGCUGCUGAAGCUGAGAAGGCCCAUGAAAUGACAGCAGAAGCUGACCGCAAGGUUUUUGAGAAGAUCACAGCUGCUCAUGUAUCAACAACAGUCAGUGACGAGGUAAUAACCGCUGGUGCGAAGGAAGACGUGUUCUCGUGGAGUCGCUGUACUAUUUCAUAG